AUGGCUUCCGCGAAAUGUAGCACGCCAAUAAUCUCGGCCGCCAAGCUGUUCAUCCAGCUUUCUACUCGAAGGUCCUGCUCGACCACCUCGGUGCUUGAUAUCCUUGCGCCCGCACAAACCCGAGCCCUGCACUUGGCUGUGCCCCAACACUCUCCGCGACUCCUGCCCAAACGGAAUUCGACUACCCCUGCGUGCCCAUCUCCUGCACAUUCUGGUCGCCGUGCCGUGGGUUCAUCAGCGCCUCAAAUAGCCUCGACCUCGGAGCGAGCCUUUUCCACGACAAGAAGGCUGUACGCGACUCAGGCCAUCGUCAACCCUCAGGAGGAUGAUGAUGGCAAGGACAUGCUUCUUGAAAUCACGCCCAGGGCGGCCAAACGUCUCCAACAAAUCAUGACGAAGGACGGUAAUCCGAAUCUAGCUCUGCGAAUACAGGUUGAGAGUGGUGGCUGUCAUGGUUUUCAAUACAUCAUGUCACUCACGACGCUGCCAGCCCAUUCGGCCCCUGAGGAAGUAACACCCUCUACAACAACGAGCAAUUCUCCUACCCCAUCCGUUCUGGGCGAGGACGAUACGGUAUUCGCAUAUAUUCCGGAUGCAGCACAAGAAGACAGCGCUGGGGCCCCUGACCUGCCGUCUCCGACCGCCAAGGUUAUAUUGGACAAGCCAAGCUUGGAUCUCCUGAAAGGGAGCAAGGUGGACUACACGAUGGAACUGAUCGGAAGCCAGUUCAAGAUAGUGGACAAUCCCUACGCCACAAGUAGCUGCGGUUGUGGAACAAGCUUUGACAUUAAGAUGUAG